GUAUAAAAUUUACAUAUGGCGAACGCGCCAUGUUAUUUCUAUUUACUAAUUUAUUGAUAUAUUUACUAAAUACAUUUAAUUUCGAAGAAAUUGUGUGCAAAAGAAAACUACCAUAUAGUGAUCGUGGUGAUUGGAGCAAUUAUAUGGUUUUAUGACUCGAAGGCCUGUGAUGCCAUCGUUAUCGGGAGUUUUUGGUGAACAAAUAGAGGACUACGAAGUAUUAAAUUUACUUGGGAAAGGGGGCUUUGCUAGUGUAUAUAGAGCAAAAUGCCUGCGCAGUGGUAUAGAAGUCGCAAUAAAAAUGAUCGACAAAAAAUUGAUGCAAGCUGCUGGGAUGGUGGAUAGAGUUGGUCAAGAAAUAGCAAUUCAUUCGAAAUUAAAGAACCCAGCUAUUCUUGAACUGUACACAGUUUUCCAAGAUGCUAAUUAUGUUUAUUUGGUAUUAGAAUUAUGUCAUAAUGGAGAACUCCAACGUUAUCUUAAAAUGCAAGGCUCUCGUGCAUUGUCUGAAGCACAAGCUGGUCAUAUAAUUAGUCAAGUAGUGCAAGGAUUAUUAUAUUUACACUCAUACCAGAUACUUCACAGAGAUAUGUCUUUGUCGAAUUUGCUUCUGACUAAGGAUAUGCAAGUGAAAAUAGCAGAUUUUGGUCUAGCUACCCAAUUAACAAGGCCUGAUGAGAAACACUUAACUAUGUGUGGUACUCCUAAUUAUAUAUCGCCUGAGAUAGCAACAAGGUCAUCACAUGGUUUGGAAGCAGAUGUAUGGAGUUUAGGAUGCAUGCUAUAUACUCUAUUAGUUGGCAAACCACCAUUUGAUACAGAUGCUGUUAAAAGCACUUUAACACGUGUGGUAAUGGCUGAUUAUAUCAUGCCAGCUCAUUUAUCAGAUAAUGCUAAAGACCUAAUAGAUAAGUUAUUAAAAAAGAAUCCAAAAGAUAGAAUCCGCUUGCGUGAUAUUCCGAAACAUCCGUUUAUCACUAAUAUAAAAAAAAAUAAAUUAUACAAUGAAAAGAAUAAUAUGAACAAAGGAUUAUUGGGAAAUGGUAUCGUUGAUUCAGGGGUUGGAAGAACAUUGUCUUCAUAUGGAAAGCCAAGAAUGCGUUGUAGGUCGGAAGAGAGAAUAUCAUCAACGCCCAUUAUGUCUAGUGCCCUUGGACCUAUGUUUAGCGCGAAAAGUGAUCCUUCAUCUGAGCCUGUUGUAAGAAUGCAUUCACACAGAACAAAUGGUAUGGAUCAUCGCGCUAAAGAAUAUCCCGUAUUAACUGGAAUACCAUUAGUACCACAAAGUAAAGUUUUCUCACAAUGUGAGCUCUAUACCAGUUCCAAUGCAUAUCAAGAAAUUGACAAACACAGGUAUGAUAAGCAUAGGAAAAAGGAAAAAGCUGAAAAUUGUUCUGAAAGUACAGAAAACGGUGGAAAAUUAUCAGUCUCGCCUUUGUCUUCUAAAAGAUUACAACCUGUGAGGCAUAAGACAAAAACUGCAAUUCUUACUAUUCUAGAUAAUGGCGAAGUUUGCGUCGAGUUUAUUAAACGUAGAAAUGGCAUGGAAAAAAUAAGUGAAGUGUGUCGAAUAUCGAACGAUGGUUUAAGAAUUAUUCUCUACAAACCAACAUCAUUAAUGAAUAUUGGUAAUCAACCACUCCCGUUACCGACUCGUGGGGCAGAUAGCAUUUAUUCAUACGAAAAUUUACCUGCCCAUCAUCACAAAAAGUACAUAUAUGCUUCUCGUUUCAUAAAACUUGUAAAAGCAAAAACUCCGAAAUUAACGAUGUAUACUGAACGAUCAAAAUGUCAGUUUAUGGAAAAUGGACCACAUCCAAAUUGUGAAAUUCACUUUUAUGAUGGAGUAAAGAUUGAACGUGUUGAUGGUAUCGUAAAAAUAAUGGAAAGGAGUGACGGUUCCACUUAUGUCGAGGGUGAAUUUCCAUCCCAUUUAGAUACAUAUUACGAACAUUAUUCAGAAUGUUAUCAGCGUUGUUUGUUGAUAGAGUCUACUUUAACAUCUUUAGAAACAGCUACAGGAUAUUCCUGCUUUCCUAUUCUUAUUGGACGUAAGCCUAAUGCGGCUUUGAGUGAUUCUCCUUGUUUACAAGGAAAAGAGAAUAUUUCGCAAGCAACGAACAAUGCUCCCGUUAUGCCGUCUUUUGAUGCUAGUUCUGUUAUUUCGACGGUAGCAUCGCGGUCACGAAAAAUGAAUUCUAUACGAAAUAUCAGUAAUAGCUUUUGUAAAGUAUCAAUUCCAGGUAUAGGUACUGCGACAAAAUUAUCUUCUGGAGAUAUUCAUGUUGAUUACAGAGAUGGUACUACUUUAACUGUAAGUCCUCGGAGCAACGGCAAUGAUAUAAUCUAUAAAGGAAAUAAUGGUAUGGUUAUAAAAUAUGAUCAGAAUUAUCAACAAAACGUGGAAGUACCGCAUAUUGUUAAAGAAAAAUUAUGCUACAUACCUGGAGUUAUUAAAUAUUUUGCUCAACCGAAGAGUAAGAACAUCCGGUAGUUUUUAGCCAUACAUUUAGAUAUAAAAUGUUUUGUAUAAAAUAUAGAGGGUGGGCCAAAUAAAAUAUUCUAAGCUA